AUGAGUGAACCGAAUCUUGAUUCUAAUGACAUUGUACAAGAGAUUCCUAUUUUUUUAUCGCAACAACUUAGUAAUAAUUUAUACAUAGUCCAGCAUCCUGUGAGACCACAUAAUAAUCCUUACACUGGAAUCAAUGCUCCUUGUGAAGCACGGUUUAAACAGGAUUCUGUAAAAUUAGAAUUGGACAUUCCACUUCAAACAAAUUCAAAAUGGUAUGAUCAUGAAAGAGGAAAGGAUUUAGCAUUAGGGCUUAAUGAUAAAGAAGCAAAAACAAUAUAUGAUAGAACAUGGCGCCGAGAUCAAAGUGAAGGAUUAUUAGAUCGACAAACUUUACAAUCUACAAUUGUUCCUCAACAAGCCAAUUACUGGAUGGGGGUAGUUAAAGAUGGCAAUCUUCAUUUGACGCCUAUUCGUUCAACUUUUCAAUUACGUCCAGGAUUAAAAUAUUUAGAUAAAAUAGACGAGAAACAAAAAAAUGCUAAUAAAAAAGCUCAAGCUAUGGAGGAAGAAGAUACCAAUAAUGAAUUUGGAAUCAAUAUUAAACAAAAAAAUGCUAAUAAAAAAGCUCAAGCUAUGGAGGAAGAAGAUACCAAUAAUGAAUUUGGAAGCAUUAACGGAGGAAACAAACAAUCAACUGAUGAAUUUAUUAUCGGAUCAAGCAAAACAAAAAUUACAGGAAAAGUUAAGGGGAAAAACACAGAAACAAAUACAGAAAAAUCAUCAAUAAAGAAAAAUGUUCGUACAAAUGCACAACGAUUUAACGAUGAAGAAAAAUGGAAAAAAAUGAAAUAUUAUGAUUAUGAUGUAAGUCGGAAUAAAAUUGUUGGAAAAAUAUUAUUCUUAACAUUUGUUUACUAA